AUGACUCAGUCUGUGCCAGACACGGAAGAGAAGCCAACGCCUCAGGAGACGCCAGGCCCCCACCUCUGUGUUCUGGAACACACCAGAAUGAGAGAAAUUGUGGCUUCCAGUGGGAUAGCUGUGGAUGUUUCCUCAAAUCAAAACCACGGUGUCCGGUUAGGGAAGGCUGUAACACCUGACACCUCAGGACACACACCAAACAAGCUGCAGAGAUUCCUGAAGGAACAUCUCAAACUCCUGGGGGUGGCUCAGAUUAUGAUUAGUGUGAAAUUCAUCAUCUACGGGAUAAUUGGAAUUUCAGUUCUCCAUUACGCAACACCCAACACCGGUUUCUUCUCAUUUCAGAUAGGCUUCCCGAUAUGGGCAGCUUUACCUUUUAUCGUUUCUGGAUCUAUGACAGUUGUGUCUGCAAAGAAGCAAACCAAAGCUCUGCUGAGAGGAAAUCUGAGAGCUAACACUCUCAGCACAGUUGUUUCCAGUAUCGGAAUUCUUAUUCUUUCACACAACUUAGUAAAAAUCACCUUCAUGAACUGUGACAUGGAAGAUUUAUGUCUUGCUGUCACAUCAGUUGUAACUGGUCUUGUGGUUAUACUGAUGAUCCUGAACUGUCUGCAAUUUUUAAUUACACUUGCUCUGUCCAUGCUUACCUACAAUGUGGAUGGCAAGAGAAUUGACUGGGUUUCUGCAUUAUCUUUCCUGAAAUCGGCUUCCGAAAGUCCUUAUCAAGGCUUGUUGCAUCAGCCUUCCUUCUACCAAAAUCUUGAGAGGAAGGACACAUUGUUAUACUAUAACACCUGACACGGAAGUACCGAUGUGAGAAAAUGCUUCUGCUACCUGCAGUCAUGGAGAUGGAAACUGGAAGAAUAAAACGAGAUAAGGCCAAAACCUUCUUUGGAUCCUCCUUUGUUGACUACUAUUGUAUUAGUCAGCAUAGACCAUGAUGCUGUAAUAAGAUUUCAUCCCUGAAACACCUGUGCUUAUCAUAACUUAACCAUAUUAGCUGCAUGUUCCACGUAACCUAUUAGGUCACAGCCACCCCUGCCAAUUACAGUCAUAUUAAACCAACACAGACUGAAGGGUUUAGCUACAAUUCAGUAGAGGCUUGAGUACAGGUGAGAGACAGGUUUACAUCACGGGCCAUUGUUGGUAUCAUCUCUAACCAAUCGAGCUUCUAAUCAAUAAAGGAUUUCUCAUUCUCUUUUCAUGGAGAUAAGUCUGGCUAAACAUUACAGCCAUUACCAAUAUCAUAGGCAGCUUCUCAAAUGUAAAAGACUAGUAACAUAUUGUUUUGAUCAAACAUUUAUGGUGAUUAUUUUUCUUGGGAUAAAGAGGCCACAGCACAAGCCUCUCUUACAAAAGCCUCCUCAAUAAAAAUUCCUUUUUCUCUUUUUAAAA